AUGGCCACCCGUAAUCAAGACGAAAAGUCGGAGCUAGAAAAGAAACGAGACAUGGGUUGCAGUACUCAAAAAGACACAAAAAUUCAUUGUGCUAGUACCGUUCAUCAGAACCUCCCUAUAAAUAAAGUCAUUGUGCAUCCUUUGGUGCUUCUUUCUGUCGUUGAUCAUUUCAAUCGAGUUAGCAAAACUCAGAAUGUUAAAAGAGUUGUAGGGGUUUUGCUCGGUAGUAUGAAGUAUGACAGGACGCUUGAUGUUGCCAACAGCUUUGCUGUUCCUUUUGAUGAGGACGAGAAAGAUAAGAGGACGUGGUUCCUAGACAUGGAUUAUCUUGAAAGCAUGUACGGAAUGUUUCGUAAGGUAGCUGCAAGAGAAAGGAUUGUCGGUUGGUAUCACACGGGACCUAAACUGUGCCAGAAUGACAUUGUCAUAAAUGAACAAUUGAAGCGUUUUACUGCAUUUCCAUUGCUAGUAGUCAUACAGGCGGAACCUAAUGACCUUGGCUUACCUACCGAAGCGUACAUUGAAGUUCAAGAAGUUCACGACGAUGGAACGCCUCCUAUAAAAACUUUUGAACAUGUUCCGAGUGAAAUAGGGGCCGAAGAAGCAGAGGGGGUUGGUGUUGAGCACUUGCUUCGUGACAUAAAAGACCAGACUGCUGGUACCCUUUCACAACGGAUAACCGAUCAGUUGAUGGGGAUUCGCGGCUUGCACGGACAGCUCAAUGAGAUUAAACGUUAUCUAGUUGAGGUUUCCAAGGGAAAGUUGCCUAUCAAUCACGCUGUUAUUUAUUACAUUCAGGAAGUAAUCAACUUAUUACCAGACGUCACUUCCCCCCAGUUUGUUGAAGCACAUAACGUGCAAACCAAUGAUCAAUUGAUGUGCGUUUACAUGGGGUCUUUGGUUCGUACCGUAAUAGCGCUACAUAAUUUGAUAGAUAAUAAGUUGUCACUGCAAAAAGCUGAGAAAGAAAAGGAAAAAAGUGAGAAGGAAGAAAAGGAUGCAAAGAAAGAGGAAAAGAAAGAAGGAAAAACUGAUGAUGUUGAAGAAGACUCAACAUCUACAUCUAAAAAACGAAACUAA